UCGGACCGACCAGGGUCGCGGGGGGCAGAGGCGAACGGACGGAUGCAGCGGACAACAAUGCCUCCACAUCCCGCCCGUCAUCACCAUGCACGGCGCGCCCUCCGCAUUCGCCAACAGGAUUAAUUACUUCCACCAAUCUGCACUUGCAAAUAACACGUGGGGGUGGGACUGAAUAAGCAAAAAAACUACUGCCGCGCUGCGGAAAUGUACCAGCCAACAUCGCAGGACUUAGAGGUUUGCAAAUGUCAAACGCAUAACAAUUACAGGACGGCUGAGACAUCGUAGCGGAACAGACAAUGCUGGAGAAGUGUCUAUCUUCCUGGAUUUAUCUCUCAUUCUGCGUGUUUCUCCGUGUGGCGGUUUUGCAUGGCGGUGUUUUCGCGGAGGACGAUGUGCCGACGCCUGCGCCGAAAACCGUGUUGUCCUGCGACUUCGAGAAAAGUUUGUGCGGUUUCAAGCAGGACAGAGCGGACGAUUUUGAUUGGCUGCCGAGGCGCGGGAAAACGCAAACCGCUGGGACGGGGCCGGCGGCGGACCAUACCAAGGGGGACAUCACGGGUCGAUAUUUUUUCAUCGAGUCCUCGGCACCGCGGCGGCCGGGGCAGGUAGCCCGGCUCCUCUCGCCCAUGCGCCCGGCCGACACCGCGCAGCACUGCCUGGCGUUCUACUACCACAUGUUCGGGAUCGACACCGGGGAGCUCACCGUGUACGUGGAACAGGACGGCGUGCUGGGCAGUCCUGUGUGGACAAUGGCCGGCAACCAGGGCAACCGGUGGAACUACGCCCAGGUGACCAUCGAGCCGACCGGCUUGUUCCGGGCGGUGUUCCAGGCGAACAGAGGGAAGGACUACCGGGGAGACAUAGCCCUGGACGACGUGACUAUCACCGAGGGAAAGUGCCGUGUGCCAGAUAUCCCGGUUCGGCUUGUCAGCCUUGACCCUAGCUCGACCACGCCCUCUAGCGGCCGUGUGGAGGUGUUCCAUGGCGGGGAGUGGGGGACGGUCUGUGACGACUCGUGGGGGAAGAGCCAGGCCGAAGUGGUGUGCCGGGAGCUCGGCUUUCCUGGAGCCGUGGAGGCGAUCUGCUGCUCCCUGAUUGCAGGCCCCGGACGGGGGAAGAUCUGGCUGGAUAACGUGGAGUGUACGGAGAAGGAGGACUCUCUGUUACAAUGUCAACACAACGGCUGGGGGGUGAGCAACUGUGGGCACGGCGAGGACGCCGGCGUCAUCUGUCAGGAAAAGGUUAUAAUUCCAGAGAGCCAACAUCUGAUGAAGCCCUCCACAGACAGACCAGACGUGACCACGCUGUUCCUGCGCACGCCUCCCCGCGCGUUAAACAUGACUGCACGGACCCUGCUGAAAACCACAACACGAGCAACAACGGACGUCCAGACCACAACCGCGACUGUUGUUGGUCCCUCUUCAACAAAAUCACCAGACGAUAGUACUAGUACACAACCACCGCUGCCAAACGCGCUUGGGGACGUAACCACAACGAUGAGGUUACCGCAUCGAAACGUAACUGCCUAUACGCCUACACCUGCCCCUGGAAGUGUCAGAAAUGUUAUAAACCCCGUGAUUCACGACCAGCCACAGGCACUGCAGCAGAGGCUAACGCCAUCAGACGUGGCGUCGUCCCUGAACGUGACGUGUUCGUCCGGCUCCAUGGCGGUCAGGGCGCCGGUCUCCUCUCUCCGCGCGCUGGGGCUCGAUCCCAGGAGACUGCACCUCAACGACCCACGCUGCCGUGGGAACGAGGACCCCGCCAAGACGGAGUACGUCUUCCGGAUUCCGGGCGGGCUGUCGGCGUGCGGAUCCGUCUUAACGCAAACAGACAACAGUAUUGUGUACCAGAACGCCAUCCAGGGGUCGGACGGGGACGGGGUCAUCACCCGCCGCCAGAUCAAGCUCAACUUCACCUGCUCCUACAAAAUCGACCUGACCGUCAGUCUGGCACAAGCUGUGCACCCCCUCCUCAGUACGGUGUCGUUUGCUGUUGACGGCCACGGCCAGUUCACCGCCACCAUGGCGCUCUUCAAAGACGCCACCUACCGGAUUCCGUGGGGAGAGGCACCCGUCAUCGACGCCGGGGAGGCUGUGUAUGUCGGUAUCCAGCUGGACAGUGAGGGGGAAGAUAAAGUUGUCCUAAACACUCGCACCUGCUGGGCAACCCCCACGAACAACCCCAGGGACGACGUCACUUUCAACAUCAUUGCUAACGGGUGCUCUUCUCAAAAGGAUGGGUCGGUCCACGUCAUGGAAAAUGGGGUCUCGCUCCAGAGCAGGUUCCGAGUGCGCAUGUUCCAGUUCAUCUCCUCCCAGUCGGUGUUUCUUCACUGUGACGUGCAAGUCUGCAACAGGACCGACAGCGACUCGUGUAGACUGGGAUGCGCCCCCUCGCGAUUAAGACGCUCGCUGCAGAUGGACAGGCUGAAGGACGCUCACAUGAUCAGCAGCGGACCAAUCAAAAGGGCGGGUUCUGGAGAAGAUGGCGGACCUCGACACGGGGACAAACGUCGUCCCUACGCGUACGUUAAACCGGGAGUUUACGUUCCUGUCUUACUCAUCGUCAUCAUUCUUCUCUCCAUCGCCAUCGUGGUGACGGGAAUGCUCAGCAACAGAAAGAAGCGCCCUCCAGCGGGUCCCCCCAAACUGCUGCGCGUUCGGCACAUCCGGGUCCGCCCGGCCCCGCCAGAACGGGAGAAACCACCCGAGGAGAGGGAGGAGCAGGAUGACGAGGAUUUCGUCCAACUCAUCUAAAA